AAUAUCCACAAUUUUUAUCGUUACACAUUACGCUUCAAUACUUGAGAAAAGAAUAAACAUUUUAUCUGGAAUUGACUCGACGAGGAUACGCGCGUGUAAACAUUAUUCUUUAUUCAUCUCGAUAUAAACAUUGUUUGGUAUUCGAAAAACACGCGUACCGCGAGGCAGUGGGAAAAAAACACGGAGAGGCUCAACGCGAUUCCCCGAAUUGGCGGACGUGGGGUGGGAGGGAGAAGGGGAAACACGAGCGCGCGACGUCACGCGAGUGAAAACAACGUAGUUGAGUUUCGAGCGUUAUAUCGAGCGCGUGAAAUAUCGGGCGAUCGUUGAUUUCGUGGGAAGGUCAAGUCCCUCGCGAAUAAUAAGGUCGAUAUUCACUCGCCGGGGCGUGAGUCGCAGUUACCUCUGUCAAACCUUGGUACGUCGAUUCCUCGCACGUCCAUCCAUCUGUCAAUCGUUAAACAUCUGACAGUCGUUACACGAUAUUACGCGAAUAUCGCGAAUGAGAAUCACUGGCGGCUCUAUUUACGUUAGUCGUCGAAUAUGUGAACGAUAAUGCGCGAAUUUUGGAAACGCUGAGAAGAAAUGUCAAGCGAAAACGUGUACAACACAUCGCGAAUGCAAGUGAAUACAUAAUGUGAGUGGAAUAUAAUGACUGUAAAAUACAAGAAUAAAUCCGCCUAUAAUGGAUCGACUGGUCGUCGGGAGUGCCGAAUAAAUGUAUCGGGCGAUUAUUGUGGUUGUGCGAGUGCCGCGAAUAUAAUCGACGUUCGAUCGAAAUUAUGUUAGUAAAAUGAGUCGCGCGAAAAUAUGUGAUUUAUUUCGGAGUAAAUAAAUAUAUACGCAGAUCGCGAAAAAGUAUCGUGGCGUCGUCGAAUUUUAAGUAUCGUGAUAACGUGAGUGAUAGUGAUAACGUGAGUGAUAGUGAUUGAUACUCAUUGACUGUCAACAACUUUAGUUGCUUGUGUGAUGGAUUGAUCAUCGAAGCUUCGAGACAGGAAUGCAUCAGAUGAUGAGAAGAAAACAGAGAGACAGCAGGUACGAAAAUGGACGCCGAGGCAGCAUUGUUGGAAAAUUCGCCGACUUUGUCGACGAUCUCGUCGGAUUCCACGGACGCGACGUAUUCCGGACCCGGCUCGCCCUAUUCCCCGGAAUCACCGAUCAUUGUCACGUCCUCCUAUAAAAAAAAGCGUGACGAUGAAGUCACACCUAGACCAACGCCCAGACAUCUAUCCAGGAAGCCAAGCUUCCGGAUACGACCGCCCUACCUCAUGAUCUGCAUCAGUAUCAUCGAGAUAACCGUCCACUGCCUGGGAGACGAGGCGACGUUACGGAGAUGGCUGGUCUACGAUCCCCGUCAGAGGGUGCAGGGUUGGAGGUUCGCCUCCUACAUGCUACUGCACUCGAACGCACUUCACCUCGCACUCAACGUGGUCAUUCAGCUGGUCUUGGCCACUCCACUCGAGGUGGAACAAGGACGAAUAGGGGUAGCGACAAUCUAUUUGGGCGGUGGAGUUUGCGGCGCCCUGGGAGCGUCGCUUCUGCAACCCAGUCUUUACUUGGUCGGCGCUUCGGCAGGCGUUUAUGCACUGCUCACGAGUCAUCUUGCUCAUCUUUACCUGUGCCACGGCGAACUACGCUACGCGGGUUGGCGUCUCGGCGCCGUAUUGUUGUUGGCCGGCGCGGAUGUCGCGUCGCUGCCCAUCCCGGCGUUGCUCGGAUGCGGCCGGGUCGGCUGGGCGGCACACGUCGCGGGCGCGCUGGCGGGUCCACUUUUGGGUCUGGCCGUGUUCCCGAACCAGAGCAAGAAGGACGCCCGUGGGCGCAGAUUCGUGCGAUACGUGCGGCUGCUGUCGGCCGUGAGCGUGAUGCUGCUGAUCGUCGGCGCCGUCCUCGGCAACGUCUACCUAAUCGCCCUGCCGCAGCUCAGGAAGCCGUCCUGACAGAGGAUCGAGAUGCUCGUCAAGCUCUGCAGACGGUCCUUCCUGAUCGUCAAGAUCCGGGAGGCCGCCGAGAGUGUAUUCGAGUAGAGGAUCUUAAGGACCGGGAAAAAGAACGGAUAACGUGGGAACGAACUGAACGUCGAUCUGCCAGGUGAAUCUUUCCGCUCUCGAAUCUCGCACGGAUCCCGUGCAGUCAAAUCUGUCUAUUACGUCGGUCUAUUACGAACGCGAUCGCGAUUUCGGCAGACGCGCGUGAAAGUUUCUCCGGAAGGGAAUCGCACGAUCGAUACGCCAAGAUGCUUGUAAAGAGACUCGAGUGAAAAUUCGCGCUCGGCAAGUUGGUAGAACAAAUACCAAAGAUCAACAAUUUUUCGUCGAACUCGUUCAUGCUACUCGCUGCCAUUAGAAUCUUUAGACUCUCGAAGAGUCGCUCGAUGAAAUGUGCGGUAGAACGAUGGGGUACUUUAAAGUGAAUAUAAAUUGUGACUCUUCGCGUCUCCGAUAACUUUGAUAAAUUUGAUAUUACAGAUACUAUGGAGGUAAACGUCGCAACUUUUUUACGGACAGGUAAAACGUUUCAAACUGCCGAUUGUAACUUUUCGAUAGGAUCGAAUUGUAUAUGAUUAAUACUUAGCGAUACGAUAUGUAAUAAUUUCUCGUUAUGUCAAUCUCGCUAUUAUUGGCGACAAAAAAAAGAGACUAUGAAAGUGUGGCAUGCGUGUAUAAUAAAAAUAAGAGUAAUUAUAUAACACACAAUUUAAGAUGGCUGAAACGAUGCGUAUGGACGGUGGCAGGUGAGUUUGCCCUGCGAUGGGGACGAAUUAAAUUUUAUUAAUAGAAAGUGGAGAGCGAAUUUAUUUAAAUAAAAAUAGAGAAAUACAGGAUAUUGUUAUGGCUCGCGUGAGAAUAAGAAUCACGAUUCCGAGUAUAUUAAUGCUAGUACAUCGCUAACAAUGUUGGGAGAACAAGAUGGAAUACCUUCAUCCUUUCUAUUAUUCGUAUUAACGAUUUAGCGUGUAUGAGAUAUGUAAGAAGGUGUAUAAAAAAAAUAAAGCGAUCACACAAUAUAUUAUUAACGUAAACGUGUUAUGAUAUAACGAAGAUUUUAAUAAUGGCAAGAUAAAUGUAUCGAUCGUUAAUAAAGCAAAGUUUAACAACAUG